AUGACAGCCACCACAUAUGUAGACCAGCACGACUCGAAUCUGGGCGUGGAGAAGGAUUACUUGAAACCGACAUUUGAAGACUCAAGUAUGACCAUCUGGUACAAUACUCAACCAAUGCCAGAUGAUAAGUCAAUGAGAACCGAAUCUGUGUUGGAUACACUAUCGGAUGUGUCAGAUGUGAUCCCAUCAUCUUCAGUCACUGUGAUCAUGACUUCUGACGCACACGAUACCAAGGAGUCCAUUCCGGCCGCUAGAUCGAACAUGCUUGGGUCAGUGGGUCAGGACGAGGACCAUCGCACGACAGUGAUCGGAGCUGCAGAUUCCGCCAUACAUUCAAGUGCUGGGCUGAAUCUUGGAAUUGGACAAGACAAUGCUAUAUAUACAGCAGGCUACGACCAAGCAGUUAGCCCCUAUCUAUCGAUCGAUGCCCCUUCAACAAGUGUUGUCCACCAAACAGCGAAACCCUGCCACACGACUAGCAACUGA